GUCAAAUCUCCACCGUUGGUUUCCUAAAAGUGGAAAGGAAGUCCUUUGAGCAACUUAUAUAUAACAUUUAUAUUCCUACUGAUCAUCUUCUGUCCAUAAUUCGUGUGCACUCCGGAAAAGAAAUUAUUGAUUAAUAUUGCUCUGAUUUUAUCCCACGUCCCAAGAACCAGAACCCGAUAGAUUUGGACUCACCCCUGUAGCUGGUUUCCUCUCUCUCUCUCUCUCUCUCUCUCGCUAUUUCUUUUUCCUUACAGUUGGUUCUGAAUCUCUGUCUCCAUUCUCUUCAGCGACACAGAACUGGUUGAUCAAGUCUAUUAGGAGGAUUGGUUUCUGUACUGGGCAUUACUCGGUCGUGAUCAGUUGGCUUAUACACCUUCUGGAUUUCCAAAUUAUUUGGAGUUGUAAUUCUUUUAGAUUUUUUAAAAAGAUUUGGGUAGUUGAUCCAUAAUUACGGAUCUGGAUUUCGUAUCCACAUUUUUUAUGGUGGUUAUCUCCGAGUUUGCGCUGAAUCUUUUCAGAAUUAUGUGACUCCAUGGUAAAGUCAAGUGGAAAGAGAGCUGUUCGGACAUGUGAAGAGUUUCUGUUUCAAUGCUUUGGAAAUAGUCCAGAUUCAUGGUAAAAUGCACAGAAGCUUCUAUGUUAUGAUUGGUGGUUUUCGCUGUUUUUUGAGAUAUAGAUUCGAGUUGGUUAUUUAGUGGAUUUUCUUGACUCGAUUUUCCAAGUGUGUUGCACAAUCCGGACAUGAGAAGCUCGUGGUUUAAUAAAGUAUCCGUCAUUUUCGGCCCCAGACCACCGCUCAGCUGGUUACUUUUGUGCCUCGUUAGCUUGCUCGCAAUAAUUGCAGUAUUAGGCUCGUCUUCUUCGAAUGCCUUUGACUCUGUAACCGCUACGCCGGACAUUUAUUUAAACUAUAGAAGGCUAAAGGAGCAAGCAGCGGUUGAUUAUUUGGAGCUGAAGUCUCUUUCACUUGGAGCUAGUCGGCAAAGAGAGCUUGGCCUGUGUGGCAAAGAAAGAGAAAAUUAUGUACCUUGUUACAAUGUUUCAGCAAAUUUGUUAGUUGGGCUUAUAGAUGGGGAGGAGCUUGAUCGGCAUUGUGAAGUUCAAAGAGAACAAAACAGGUGUUUGGUUCGCCCACCUAAAGAGUAUAAGACCCCCCUGAGGUGGCCUGCUGGCAGGGAUGUGAUAUGGAGCGGAAAUGUGAAGAUAACCAAAGACCAAUUUCUGUCAUCCGGAAGUAUGACCAAAAGGUUGAUGUUACUUGAAGAGAAUCAAAUUGCUUUUCACUCUGAGGAUGGAUUGAUCUUUGAUGGUGUUAAAGACUAUUCUCGCCAAAUUGCAGAGAUGAUAGGGUUAGGAAGUGACUCCGAAUUUCUUCAAGCUGGUGUGCAAAAUGUACUAGAUAUUGGUUGUGGAUUUGGUAGCUUUGGAGCUCAUUUGGUCUCACUGAAGUUAAUGGCUGUUUGUAUUGCGGCUUACGAGGCGACUGGCAGUCAGGUCCAAUUAGCCCUCGAGAGAGGUCUUCCAGCAAUAAUUGGUAGCUUCAUUUCAAGACAGCUUCCAUAUCCAUCCUUGUCAUUUGACAUGGUUCAUUGCGCGCAGUGUGGUAUUGUUUGGGACAAAAAAGAUGGGAUGCUACUUAUCGAAGUUGACCGCGUACUCAAGCCUGGAGGUUACUUUGUGUUGACCUCACCCUCAGGCAAACUGCAAGGAAGUUCAGUGGGUAUAAAGAAGAGAAACAUGUUGACACCAAUGGAAGAGUUGACCCAGAAAAUCUGUUGGAGUCUUCUAGCCCAGCAAGAUGAAACUUUCAUCUGGCAGAAGACUGUGGAUACUGAUUGUUAUGCCUCUCGCAAGCAGGUUGCUAUACCACUUUGCAAAGAAGGGCAUGAUAUUCAAUCAUAUUAUCAGCCACUUGUAUCUUGUAUAAGUGGUACCUCAAGCAAACGCUGGAUUCCAAUCCAGAACAGAUCUGCUGGUUCCCAAUUGAGCUCAGCUGAGCUUGAAGUUCAUGGAGUUUUGCCUGAAGAUUUCUUCGAAGACUUGCAGAUUUGGAGAUCUGCUCUAAAAAACUACUGGUCUUUGCUUACACCCUUAAUUUUCUCUGACCAUCCAAAGAGGCCUGGUGAUGAGGACCCAUUACCCCCAUUUAACAUGAUACGCAAUGUGAUGGACAUGAAUUCUCAUUAUGGGGGUCUAAAUGCUGCAUUUUUGGAGGAGAAAAAAUCAGUAUGGGUGAUGAAUGUUGUACCCAUCAGAGCUCAUAAUACACUUCCUGUUAUACUUGAUCAGGGCUUUGCUGGUGUUUUGCAUGACUGGUGUGAACCUUUCCCCACAUACCCGCGGACAUAUGAUAUGCUUCAUGCAAAUGGGCUCCUUUCACAUCUCAGUUCAGAGAGAUGCAGCACAAUGGACUUGUUCUUGGAAAUGGACCGCAUAUUGCGCCCUGAGGGAUGGGCUGUUCUUUCUGAUAAAGUGGGAGCCAUAGAGAUGGCACGAACUCUUGCUACACAUAUACGAUGGGAAGCAAGGGUGAUUGACCUUCAGAAUGGCAGUGACCAGCGGCUGCUUGUUUGCCAGAAACCAUUCAUUAAGAAAUGAUAGAUUGAGUAUCUUGAGGUCUCACCUUUGUGAAUUUGUACACAUCUUUUCUCUGGGAUUUCGAUUGUUUUGAUAGCAAAUCUAUGUAAGAUAUGCCCGGAGACUGAUGGAUUUGACCAUGUCCACCACCGAAACAGGCAUGUGGAAGUUGUAGAUUAAAGAGGUCUUUCAAUUGUCCAAGCGUUUGGAGCAAUUCAUUCAUCCAACAUUUUUGGCAUUUGUUUUUCAAAUUUCUUUAUUGAUUGAUUUUGGACUCCUUGUCAUGGGAGUCAAACAAUCGCUUUUGUUGAGGAAAGAAGGUCAAAUAGCCACGAAAUGUUAAGAGUGGAAGUUAUAUUUGUAACCAGUUAUAUAUUUUCUGUCUUGGGCAUAUUAUAUUAUGUUAUAUGUUAUUGGUCAGCUUAAGCUGUGGGACUCCGGAGGACUGAAACAGUGAAAAAUACAAAACCCCAUAUGGUUUUAAUAGAUAUAAAACCAUAAAAAUAUGAAAAUUAAACAGAUUUUAAGAUCUUAA